AUGAGUUUGACACAAGCACAGGGAAGAGUUCUGCAUCACCCUUUCAAGGAGAACACAACAUUGAAGGUUCUAGCAGGUCCAGGAUCUGGUAAGACUUUCACGCUUUUGCAUAAGAUUCAUCAUUUGAUUGAAACAGAACAAAUAAAACCAGAUGAAAUUUUAGUUUUGUCUCUAACAAAUAAAGCAGUAGAUAAAAUCGUGGAUGAACUUUUUACCACUUUUCAAGAGUUGAACAAAGAUAGCAAAUAUUCAUUUGAAGAACUGAAGGAAAUUGUCGAACAAGUUGGCGUUUAUACGAUUCAUGGUCUAGCUAACAGGGUAGUUGUGGAAAGGGAAGGAUUAGUAAAUAUUAUUGAGGAAAAUGGUUGGAGAGGUUUACUCAAGUUGAUAUCAGAAGAUUUUUGGAAGUCUAAAAAUAUUAAUGUUGCCUCUCCACGACGUUUGCAGAAGUUGUUACAAUCUUAUAAACAAAAUGAUGAUAACGACGAAGUUAUUGAAAAAAUUGUUAAAAUUAUGAAUGAUUGUAAAGUUCUUACAAAUGAUGAUCUUAUAUCAAGGGCAACUAAUCAUUUAAAUGAAAAGAUUGAGAUCAAUGACGGAUCGACAGUCGAAGAUAGCUAUGAAAAUUUUACCUUAGCUAUCCAAAAAAGGUACAAAGUAGUACUCAUCGAUGAGUUUCAGGACCUAUACCCUGCAUUACUGCCAAUAAUAAAGAAAAUCGCCAAAGGUAAACAACUCAUCUUGUUUGGUGAUACAAAUCAAAGCAUUUACGAGUUUCUUGGUCAUAAUAAAUACGUGGUAGAGUCAUUAGAUAAAUUGAAUCUGCCACAUAACAACCAUGUACUUUAUCUUGGAGAUAAUUUUAGAUGCACGCCAGAAAUCAUAAGUGCUGCUACGAAGAUCUUACCAUUGAAUCAUGAUACAUCCCAUACAGAUUUCGUCUUAAAAGAAAAAAGUGGUAUUAUUCCGCAGGUUUAUCAAAUCAAAGAUCCAUUAGAACAAUUAGAAUUUUUGGUUAAGGAAAUAUGUGAAUUAGCAUCAUCUUCCGCAAAAUUUUCAGAUAUUGCAAUUCUUUCAAGGACGAAUAGCCAUUUACAGACCAUUGCUGAUCAUUUGACUUUGUAUGGAAUCCCUUUUGAAAAAUUGGCAUCACAACCAGACUGGUUAAAUGACGUAAGAAUACAAUUUAUCAUAGAUCUCUUGAAAGUGCUAACAAUGGCAUAUAAAGAAGCGCCAGUAAUGAAUCCUGACAAUAUCAGUACAUGGAAGAGUGAUUUUAGUGUAAUUGUGACAUUAAGCACAUUGAAGGGAAUUGGAACAAAGUCAAUUCAAACUUUAUAUUCUGCUAGUACCAAGAAGGGAAUAUCAUUAUGGAAGUAUAUUACAGAAAUUCCUACUAAUCAGUGGCCUUCUUCAAUCCCAUUCAGGGGCAAAAUAGAGAACUACGCCAAGGUUUUAUAUAAAUAUCUGGAGGCAGGAGAAGUGUGGUCGCUAGAUGCACCAAUAGCACUGAUUGAAUACGUUAGUGGUAUCGCGAGUCAACUAGAUUAUGCGCCGUUUCAGUUCAAAUCUAUUAAGGAGAUGACUGAGUUCAAAAUACAUUUAGAAGAAAUGUUCAAAAUCAUGAAGUUAUGUACUUUCAAUAAACCGACCGAUCUAAGCCUGGUUGAGUGGUUCUUAGAAACGUACUUUGACCAAAGUUCGCUAUAUCAUCAUGCAAAACUAGCAUGCGAAUCCGAGGGAGCUGGUGUAGUGAAACUAUCUACAAUACACUCUUCAAAAGGACUUGAGUUUCCCAUAACUUUUUUGAUGAGUCCAGCCCUUCAAAAAUUCCCAAUGGAUGAUAAUACUUUAUAUGUCGGUAUGACACGGGCAAGAAAUUUACUAUACAUGAUCAACAUCAAUCAUUCAAGGAUACAACAACCAUUUACCCUGAAUAAAAAUAGGGCACAUCUGCUAUCAAAUAAAAGCUUCUGGAACUACUACAAUAAUGAUUUAAAUAGAGGAGAUUCUUUCAAAUAUUCCCUCGAAACCAACUUGUAUAACUAUGGCAGAUUGCAAAACAAAUUUGGGUUUUCAAGAAGUUACUCGACUCUCUGUGGACCUAUAGUUAGGAUAUGUAGCAAAUAUUUACCUCGUUGA